UCCGAGCGGCGACGGUGAGCCAUGGCGCUGGGGCUACAGCGCGCAAGGUCGAGCACCGAGCUGCGCAAGGAGAAGUCCCGGGAUGCGGCCCGCAGCCGGCGCAGCCAGGAGACCGAGGUGCUGUACCAGCUGGCGCACACGCUGCCCUUCGCGCGCGGCGUCAGCGCCCACCUGGACAAGGCUUCCAUCAUGCGCCUGACCAUCAGCUACCUGCGCAUGCACCGCCUCUGCGCCGCAGGGGAGUGGAACCAGGUGGGAGCAGGGGGCGAAGCUCUGGAUGCCUGCUACCUGAAGGCCCUGGAGGGCUUCGUCAUGGUGCUCACUGCCGAGGGAGACAUGGCUUACCUAUCGGAGAAUGUCAGCAAACACCUGGGCCUCAGUCAGCUUGAGCUCAUCGGACACAGUAUCUUUGAUUUCAUCCACCCCUGUGACCAAGAGGAGCUCCAGGACGCGCUGACCCCCCGGCAGAGCCUGUCCAAAAAGAAGCCGGAGGCCCCCACGGAGCGGUGUUUCUCCUUGCGCAUGAAGAGUACCCUCACCAGCAGGGGGCGCACCCUCAAUCUCAAGGCGGCCACCUGGAAGGUGCUGUACUGCUCUGGCCACAUGAGGGCCUACAAGCCCCCUGCACAGACUUCCCCCACAGGGAGCCCCAAUUUGGAGCCCCCCCUGCAGUGCCUGGUGCUCAUCUGUGAAGCCAUCCCCCACCCGGGCAGUCUGGAGCCCCCGCUGGGCCGGGGGGCGUUCCUCAGCCGCCACAGCCUGGACAUGAAGUUCACCUACUGUGAUGAGAGGAUCGCAGAGGUGGCCGGAUACAGCCCCGAUGACCUGAUCGGCUGCUCAGCCUACGAAUACAUCCACGCUCUGGAUUCGGACGCCGUGGGCCAGAGCGUCCACACCCUGCUGAGCAAGGGCCAGGCAGUAACGGGGCAGUACCGCUUCCUGGCCCGGAGUGGUGGCUACCUGUGGACCCAGACUCAGGCCACAGUGGUGUCAGGGGGCCGGGGUCCCCAGUCUGAGAGUAUCGUCUGCGUCCACUUCUUGAUCAGCCGGGUGGAAGAGACCGGAGUGGUGCUGUCCCUGGAGCAGACCGAGCGACACUCCCGCAGACCCGCUCAGAAGGACGCCCCUAAUCCCGGGGACAGCCUCGAUGGCUCUGGUCCCCGGAUCCUGGCCUUCCUGCACCCCCCUGCCCUGAGUGAGGACACCCUGGCCUCUGACCCCCGCCGCUUCUGCAGCCCUGACCUCCGUCGCCUCCUGGCACCUAUCCUGGACGGGACUCCAGUAGCUGCCACCCCCAGCGCACCCCUAGCCACACGGUGCCCCCAAAGCCCUCUUCCGGCUGAUGUGCCAGAUGAACCACUCAUGGACUUGGAGAAUACACACAAACUUUUGGCCUCUGGGAAAGACCUUGAGGCGGUGGAGGCAGAUCUGGAUAUAGCUCAGGACGUUGAUGCUCUGGAUUUGGAGAUGCUGGCGCCCUAUAUCUCCAUGGAUGAUGACUUCCAGCUCAGCUCCAGCGAGCAGCUCCCCAGGGCCUUCCACAGACCUCCCGGCGCCGUUCCCCGGCCCCGCGCUCGGAGCUUCCAUGGCCUGUCGCCCCCAAGCCCUGAGCCCUCCCUGCUGCCCCGCUGGGGGAGUGACCCCCGGCUGAGCUGCUCUAGCCCGUCCAGAGGGGACCCUCUGGCACCAUCCCCCGUGGCUGGGGCUCGGAAGAGGACCCUGGCUCAGAGUUCGGAGGCCGAGGCCGAGGGGGUGGAGCUGCUGGGAGUGAAACCUCCCAAACGGUCCCCCAGCCCAGAACCCGAGAACUUCCUGCUGCCUCCCCUCAGCCUGAGUUUCCUUCUGAUGGGAGGGCCAGCCCCGGGGAGCCAGCGGGAACCCAGCCCCCACCUCCUGCACCUGGACGAGCCCCUCCGCCUGGGUCCCCCGCUGCUCCCUCUCUACCCGGAUGAGGACACCGCGGAGCCCAGGAAUCGCUUCCCACCAGUGGCAGGCCUGGCCCAGGCCAACUGAGCAGGCUCCGCAGGGCCCUUUCCCCGCGCCCUUCCACUCCCCAAAGGACCUCAACCACACUCCACGCUGGCAGCCAAAACACAGGAUGGGGCCCCCGGGAAAGGGGCUCCCUCUCUCCUUUCAGCAGCCCCCGCCCACCUCGGGCCUACCUCAGCCCUCACCCCUCCGCCCCCCACGUCUGGGGGCUUUCUGGGGUGGUCUCAGCUCAGUGACCUCGGGGAGGGGGUCCCUGGCACCCUCCUCCCCCUUCUCUCAGGACUUCCCUUGGUGUUCUCUAUACUGGUUACCUCAUCCCUUUCUCCCACUCUCCUGGCUUGAUUUUGGGUAAUUAGGGGUGUGGGGUAGGGGUUCAGGUCCAUGUUUCUGGGCUCUGGGGAGUAAGGAUAACCAGUCACAUUUAUUUCCAGCCAUUUUUGUUGUUUUCAUGAUGGGUUUUUAAUUGCUAUGAAUUACCCGGGGUCCAUAAGAAUGCAGGAAGGAUUCCCACCCACCCCCUUCUUCAGGUGUUAAUGGAGGGGGGCCUCUGGGGCAGACUGCACCCCUAGCAACUUCAGAUCAACCCCUUAGCCUCCCAAGUGGCCACCCUGCCCUGCCUGCCCCUUCACUAGGGGGCUCCUGCUGCCCCCAGUCUCCCCAGGGCACUGGCUUCAUUCAUGGGCUCCCUGAUUCCAGGGGCAGCGUGCCUCCAACUUCCUCUGCUUCCAGAUCAUACAACUUCCAGCUCUGUCCAGUUCUAGGCCACUCAAUUCCUGACCUUCUCUGGUUCGAGACUGGACAGCCCCCCAGUCUUAGACCUCACAUGCUCCAAACCCCUGUGACUCCAGACCUCACGAUGUCCAGCUCUUUCUCGUUCUGGACCUCACAGCCUCCAGCGCCAUUUUCGUCCUUCAGGUCUCCAAAGUUGCCCGGUUCUAGGUCUCACAACCUCAGGCUCCAGAGCCUAGAACCUUACCAGACUUCCUCUGGUUCUAGACCUCUCCCUGUAAAUGCCUCCCCCUUGUACCAGAGGUCACAUGCUCUAACUCCUGCUGGUUCCAGGUCUUACAACCAACAGCUGCCUCAGAUUCUGGGCCCCACCACUUAAACUUCGUAUUGGUGCUAGUCUUCCUGAUCUAGAAUACACUUGGUUCCAAAUCCAGACUUCUUAAAUUUUCUAAAUCAGCUCCUUCCUUUUCAACUUUCCACACUCAAGACUUGCUUUUCCAAUCAAAAAGAAGUAAAAUGAGCUUUAUAUCUUGGUCUUAUAACCACUGUAGUACUUCCAGAUUGCAUAGUAUGCUCCAAUUCUCUUUGGCUCUAGACCUCAUGACCUCCACCAUUCACUGGUUGGAGGCUAUAAAACCUUUAGACCUUGCAAUUCCAAGGACCCUCUGAUUGCAGAUCUGAUGAUCUCAUUUUCCCCUGAUUCUUGAACUUGGCUUCAAAUGUCUUCUGAUUCCAGACUUCAUCCUAUCCAUUCCUCUAGUUCUAGACCUCACAAUCUCCAAGUCCUCUCCAGAUCUUAUGACUCCAAAUUACCAUAGAUCUAGAACUUGGCCUCCAAACAUCUUCUAAUUCUAGGUCUUGCCUUCUAAGAUGUUCUGGUUCUAGACCCUAAAACCCCCAGCUGCUGAUUCUACAUCUUGCCUCCAAAACCUCUCUGGUUCUAGAACUCAGUCCUCAGACUUUUUCUGAAUUCCAUUCUUUAUAGUCUGUAGAUCCCUCUGGUUUGAGGCCUCACAGCCUCCAAUGAGCUCUGAUUUCAGGUCAAAAUUCCUUUGGUUCUAGAACUCAGCCUUCAAGUGCCUCUGAUUCUAGAAUCUGGACGUCCCCCUGUGGAUUCCUCUGGUUCUGAAUCUAAUGACCUCUAACUCUCUGAUUCCAGACCAUAUCCUCUUGAUUCUGGGCUUCCUACCCUACUCAACUUGCCCCAAUUUUGCUCUGUCUUAAGUCUUCCCAACCCAGGUCCCUCUGCUAGUGGACCUCAUGCUUAAGCCUCUCCAUUCUUGAUCUCACAUCCCUAAAGUUUCCUUGUCCUAGAACCACCACCACUACCCCACCCCCUCUCCAGAGAUGCACUUCCCUUUACUUCCCCCUGGGUACCUGGGGGACCUGAGGGUCCCUUACAACCCAGGAGACUUCUCCAGCCGCACAGACACGCGCACAGCCCAGCUGCAUAUCACGGGUGGGGAGAGAGGCCAGGACCCCUCAGUACUCCGCCACUACCUGUGUAUCCCCCAUACCCCAACCCCACUUCUACGAUGGUGCUACUCUUGGUUUCCCACACAAAAAGGCCUCCCUCUCUCAGCUCGGUUCACCCCCAUUUUGGAAGGCACUUCUCUGUUUUGUCAGGGGGUGGCCUGUCCAGAUUGGUGCUAUGGGGGGAGAAGGCUCUGGUCCCUCCUUCCCUCAGGGGGUAACCUGGGCCCUCGAUGGAGGGAACUGAACUGGGCUGGGGGAGGGGAAGGGACUGGCCCCGUGACUCUGGCUCUGAAACCCACGACUCUGUACACCGCCAUAAAGACUUCGCCUUGGUAGGCACCAGA